AAUGCUAUAUUAAACAGUUUCGGGGGAAAUUUAUAGGGGGGGGGUAUUUUGGUGCAAUUUUGGGGUAGUCUACAGACAUUUUGGGGUUUCGGUUAAGGUGCCGAUAUUUUCAUACAUUUCCGCAAAGAUUUUAUACAGCUGCUCCGAAGUUAUCCACAAGAAACCCCCAGAUUCUUAUUUUGUAAUAAGACUGAUUCCAUACGAGUAUUGACAUUUAUGCAUUGCGAGGUGGUGAAAUAUAAGUUUAUUCAAUUUCUCCUCGGUGGUGAGUAACUUCCGGAUCAUCAGACGGUCAUUACAUAACUCGUCAUGGCACUUAGCUACCGUAGUUUGGUGUGGGAUCAACGAGGUUGCUAGGUUAUGCAUGUCAAACCACUGUUUUUCUUUACAAGCAGACCGAGCCGGUGUGGGAUAAGUGUGAAAAAGAGUUAUAGGUGGUCAAACUCUCAGUUAAAUUAUAUAGGACAUUCCAUGAGUCUGCUUACAUUUCCAGCCCAAAUACUUAUGUCGGCUUCUUAGGCCGUUAAUCUGUUCUUCAAAGUAUGCAAGUUGAGUACGUAAAGUUAUGUUUAGAAGGUGUACAUCAGUUAAUAGGUUUGUGGACUUAAAUCAGCUGUUGUAUUUAACGUGUCACUUAUAGUUCAUAAGUAUUGUUUAUCCAUCAAAUGAAGUUAGGUGUUUCUGAGUUUUUUAUAAGUAAUAUUAAAUUGGGAAUUUCUACUGUUAUCUCCGGUUUUUAUAUCUUCAUAGAUUAAGGUUCGGUGAUUCAAAAGAGAUUAAAGCAAACUGAGUCUGAUUUAGUUGUUUCCGCUUUGUAGAUAAGGGAUUAUGGAUAUUGAGUGAUAAUGUAUUGAUUUGUCAUAAUUUUUAGUAGUCGUUUCUGUCUCUAUGUAAACACAGUAUUUGGGCUAAUGAUCUAUCUGUAUCUGUAAUCAUUCAUCUUAGUUGAAUUUCUCACCAGCUCUAUGCAUACAUAUUUUGAUUGUAACUACGAAUUUUAAAUGAACAGCUACUGAGGUUGUAUACAGCUGCGAUAGAAGAGCUGUAGUAAAUAGAGUCACCAAACUGUGUCUACUCUGAUUUCUAAGUUUCUUUUGCCUACACGUUCUGAUGGAAAUUUCCGGUACAUUGUUUUUUCUUUUAUCGGCAUUUUAUUUUUUUUUUUACCUUGUUGUGUUCAUGUGAACUGGGGAGACCUCAACGUUAAUUAACACAGCAAUAAAAAGUCCUAUGUUAGCGUUCAAUAUUAGCAUCCUGGAAGUUAUUUGGUGAAAUUCAUUUAGACUCCUGCCUAUAAAAUCCUAAAUGUUUGAUUUGUAUAUCAUGCUCAUGUACUAUGUUGACUAACAAAGAAGGAACAAAUAAAACAGAAGAAUUUUGCACAGAGGCACUUUGGUUCAAACCGUUUAAUCUUGUACCAUAGUAAGAAUAGUGACGAAACAAGGAAUUGAGUGUAUAAGUAUAAAGGCUAUCUGAAUGGAAAUAAACGCAACAAAUAAACAAGGUGACACAGAAAGCAGCAGAUGACCUGGUGCCUUGGCGACUGUCUACUACAACUGUCAUUUGUCCUGAUCGCCUGUCUGUAUGUUCUGAAAAUACAACAUGUUGUCCAAUGGCCCAUGAAAAGUGGGGUUGCUGUCAACAUCCUAAUGCGAUUUGUUGUUCGGAUGGAAAGCAUUGUUGCCCUCAAGGAUCAGUUUGUGAUGUAACUCAUCAGAUUUGUAAGCCUUUGAAUACCCAUCAAAUCUUGGAAGCGAAUAAUAACAAUCAUAACGAUAAUAGUAAUAAUGAUAACAACAACUUCUUUGAUAACCUAUACUUGACAAAGACGUCUAAACCUGCUCGCGCCAAUCCAAAUAUCAAUCAGGCGAAAGGUAUUGUGGGAAGAAAAGCAACUAACUCAUCUGCUAAAUAUUUAAUGUCUUAUACUGGUACCUUAUGUCCAGAUCUACUUUUUGAAUGUCCAUCUGGUACAACUUGCUGUCCUAGUACAGAAGAAGGAUGGGCAUGUUGUCCAUUCCCUGAUGCUGUAUGCUGCAGUGAUGGUGAACACUGUUGUCCAAAUGGUUAUUCAUGUGAUCUGGCCUCUCAGAGAUGUGUACAACAAUUCACUUCUGCUUCUUCUCCAUCUGAUGAUAAUUCAAAGAAACCACCAGCUUCUGUUUCAUCCUUAUCACACUCAACAAAGAUAAUCAAAGAUAUCAUAUGUCCUGAUGGUAAUUUCUCGUGUCCAUCAAACACUACUUGUUGUCAAGUCACUGAAGGUGGAUGGGGUUGUUGUCCAUUCCCUAGGGCGGUUUGCUGUUCUGAUCGUAUUCAUUGUUGUCCAGAGAAAACAGUUUGUGAUCUAGAAGAGGAGACUUGUCUUGAUGAGUCAGGUGAUAUUGUGGCUGCAAUGGAACCGAAAUCUGUUCCCAAUAAUAAUAAUAAUGAUAACACAUUACAUUCACUUAUUACUAUUUGUUCUGAUAAGAAAUCAGCUUGCAUAGGUGGAACAUGUUGUCCUGGCGUGGAUGAUCAGUCCUCACUUUGUUGUCCUCACGAAAAUGCUGUCUGCUGUGGUGACGGUAAGCAUUGCUGUCCUGAAGGUACAGUUUGUGAUCCGACCGUUGGUGGAUGCAAACCUCAAGAAAUGCAACCUCCCAAGCCUUCAUCUCUUUCAUUAUUUAAGAAGAUUACCGCUUUAAGCGUUAACUCGAAAGGUGUUCAUGAUGAUAAUGAUGUUGAUGAGAGUUCAGUGUCGAAUGUAUUUAGUCAAUUAUGCCCUGGUGGUAAAUCAAUGUGUCCUGAUACAUCAACUUGUUGUAAAUUAAGUCAAGGCGGUGGGUAUGCUUGUUGUCCAACUCGUAAUGGCAUAUGCUGUACUGGACAAAAUACCUGUUGUCCACAUGGUUCACGUUGUUUAGCAAAUGGAAAGUGUGAAAAGAUGUCGGCUGACGUUUUGUCUAGAACAUUUGCACCUAGAAUCAUACCAUCAAUAUCUGUGAAAGAGUUGACAAAAUCACCACAUUUCCUGGCUUCUGAUUAUGAAAAAGGACGUUUCAAUAUUGAAAUGGCUAGUGUUUCUAAACCUGCUGAAAGGAAUGUAUUUCUACUCUAUGAGAGAUAUCGAUCGCUGAAACAAAGAUUGCACACGAUCUGUCCAGAUUUUAUGCAUUUCUGCGUUGAAUCUGAACAAUGUUGUCCUUCUAGGCGUUUCGGUUAUACUUGUUCACCAAAAGAGGCUAAAUGUUGUGGAUCCAGUGUGGAUACCUUCUGUUCAAAGUCAAAACAAUGUUCUGUAGAUGGAAAGUUCUGUCUUUAAAUAUUCUUUCAUAAUAUUUCAUUGAUGUUUAGUGACAAUACAGUUCAUUUUUAUUUAUUUAUUUAUUUAUAUACUACUAACAUACCACAACUUUGAUUCAUUGAACUUCUCUCAUCAAUCAAUCGAAACUGAAUUGAAAUAUGAACAUGUGUUAAAACAUGUUGAACACAUUUUUUGUUGUUUUAAUUAGCCUUUUAAUAAUGAUUGAUUUUUAUGUUUUUACUGUUUUUUCUUUUCAUUCCAUUCAUGUUCAUUUCAGUUGUACUUGUGUGUGUGUGUGUGUCUAUUUUCAUUACAGUCCCAUUAUAUUUUGCUAUGUGCUUUGAAUUCUAUCGAAAUUUUUGAAAUACCUCGAUUAGUGGUGAUGUUAAAUUUGUGGUUGGUUUAUGUAGAUACAGGGGUUUUGUGACAAAG